CCUGGGAGGAGGAUCCUCGAGGUAAAUGAACUUUUUAAACGGGAAAAGGAGAAGAAGGGAGAGGAGGAAGAAGAGGCGGGGGCAGCGCUCGCCCGAGCGCUUCCUCUAAACACUUCUUCGGGAGACGGGAUUUGGCUUCUGCGCGGCACCGCGGCCGGAGGAUGCUCUCGCCCGCGCCGCCGGGCCCCGUGCUCCGCGGGCGGGCGGUGGGUGCGCCGGCCCUGGCCUGGCACGGCUGAGCGCCGGCUCCGCGGAGACCUGCAAAGAAAAAGAAAUAGAAGCCAUUAAGCUACCUUGUUCAGAAAGAACAUUAAAUCAGCACAACAUGGCGCAGCAUAGCAUUGUCCUUGGAUUAUUCAUGAUGACUGUUUUAUCACUGUUGGAUGGAAGUUCAGCUUUCCUGUUAAAUCAACGUCUGAAGGGAAGAUUUCAAAGAGACCGUAGAAACAUCCGCCCAAACAUCAUCCUUGUUCUUACUGAUGAUCAGGAUGUAGAGCUUGGUUCUAUGCAAGUGAUGAAUAAAACAAGACGUAUCAUGGAACAUGGAGGUGCUCAUUUCAUCAAUGCCUUUGUGACAACGCCCAUGUGCUGCCCGUCUCGCUCCUCGAUCCUGACGGGGAAGUACGUCCACAACCACAACACCUACACGAACAAUGAGAACUGUUCUUCUCCAUCGUGGCAGGCUCAGCACGAAACUCGCACCUUUGCAGUGUACCUCAACAAUACAGGCUACAGGACAGCUUUCUUUGGAAAGUACCUUAACGAAUACAAUGGCUCCUAUGUGCCCCCUGGUUGGAAAGAAUGGGUUGGAUUACUUAAAAAUUCUCGAUUUUACAACUACACACUCUGUAGAAAUGGAGUGAAGGAGAAGCAUGGAUAUGACUACUCCAGGGAUUAUCUGACUGAUCUGAUUACCAAUGACAGUGUUACCUUCUUUAGAAUAUCAAAGAAGAUGUAUCCUCACAGGCCUGUACUGAUGGUUAUAAGCCAUGCUGCUCCUCAUGGUCCUGAAGAUUCAGCCCCUCAAUACUCACAACUCUUUCCUAAUGCCUCAGAACACAUUACUCCCAGUUAUAAUUACGCUCCAAACCCAGACAAGCACUGGAUAAUGAGGUAUACUGGUCCCAUGAAACCUAUACACAUGGAGUUCACUAACAUGCUACAGAGAAAGCGCCUCCAAACACUCAUGUCUGUGGAUGACUCUGUGGAGAUGAUUUACAAUAUGUUGGCUGAAAUGGGAGAACUGGAAAAUACGUAUCUAAUAUACACAGCAGACCAUGGUUAUCAUAUUGGGCAGUUCGGGCUGGUGAAAGGGAAGUCCAUGCCAUAUGAGUUUGAUAUCAGAGUUCCUUUCUACGUCCGAGGACCAAAUGUGGAGGCUGGGUCCUUAAUUCCUCACAUUGUGUUAAAUAUUGAUCUCGCACCCACAAUUCUAGAUAUUGCUGGAUUGGAUAUUCCAUCUGAUAUGGAUGGUAAAUCCAUUCUAAAGCUGCUGGAUUCUGAGAGACCAGUAAAUAGGUUUCAUUUAAAGAAAAAGAUGAAAGUGUGGAGAGACUCGUUCCUAGUGGAGAGAGGUAAACUGCUGCAUAAAAGGGAGAAUGAGAAGGUAGAUGCCCAAGAAGAAAACUUCCUACCCAAGUACCAGCGUGUGAAAGACCUCUGUCAGCGAGCUGAGUAUCAAACAGCUUGUGAACAGCUUGGCCAGAAAUGGCAGUGUGUGGAAGAUGCCAGUGGAAAACUCAAGCUGCACAAGUGCAAGGGAAUGGCAAACUUGGCAGCUGCAAGCAAUGGGAAAGGCACCUCCAAUAUUUUGCCCAAAUAUUACAAUAGGAAUAGCGAAGACUGCAAUUGUGAAGAGAAUGAAUACAAGCUGAGCCACCUCAGACAGAGAAAGAAACUCUUCUCCAAGAAAAAAUUCAAACCAAGCUAUGUCCGGAAUCGCUCUAUCCGUUCUGCAUCUUUUGAGCUGGUUGGAGCUGCCGAUAACCUGGCUUUGAAGGAUGGAUACCAGCCCAUCCUACUAAGGAACAUCACCAAGCAGCACAAGGUACAGAGGGCUGUUUUCCACGAGGAGGAAGAUAGAGACAUGGGGGAAUAUAGUGGCACUGGUAGCAUUGCAGAGUACACAGCCCCUAAUCUGAUCAAAGUGACCAACAGGUGCUCUAUCCUGGAGAAUGAUACUGUUCAGUGUGACACAGAUCUGUACAGGUCACUGCAGGCUUGGAAGGACCAUAAACUUCAUAUUGACCAUGAGAUUGAAACUUUGCAAAAUAAAAUAAAAAAUCUGAGGGAGGUGAGAGGUCAUCUAAAGAAGAAGCGACCUGAAGAGUGUGAUUGUAACAAGCUAAGUUACCGUUCAAAACACAAGACCAAACUGAGACACAAAGGAUCCAGUCUUCAUCCUUUCAGGAAAGCCCUACAGGAGAAAGACAGGCUGUGGCUGCUGCGAGAGCAGAGACGGAAGAAGAAACUGCGCAAAUUGCUUAAGAGAAUUAAAAAUAAUGACACGUGCAGCAUGCCUGGUCUGACCUGCUUCACCCACGACAACCAGCACUGGCAAACUGCUCCCCUGUGGACACUGGGCCCUUUCUGUGCCUGUACCAGUGCCAACAACAACACAUACUGGUGUUUGAGGACAAUCAACGAGACCCACAAUUUCCUGUUCUGUGAAUUUGCUACUGGAUUUUUGGAGUAUUUUGAUCUCAAUACCGAUCCAUAUCAGCUAAUUAAUGCGGUGAAUACGCUUGACAGAGAUGUUCUUAAUCAACUCCAUGUCCAGCUCAUGGAACUGAGAAGUUGCAGAGGGUAUAAACAAUGCAAUCCAAGAACAAGGAACAUGGAUCUUGGACUUAAAGAUGGAAGCUACGAGCAGUACAGGCAGUUUCAGCGUCGAAAAUGGCCAGAUGUGAAGAGACCAUCAUCUGCCAAGUCACUAGGACAACUGUGGGAAGGCUGGGAGGGCUAAUCUCCCCCAGCUGCUGCACCUCCAUGAGGACAGAAACGGGCCAGGACUUGAAUCCACGUACAGACUAAAUGAAUUGUAACAUUCACCUGAAGGACUGGAUAAACUGUGAGGCUGAAAUAGAAUGUUUGCACUGGUGCAUUGCAUUGCAUAGAGUGAGCUGAAAAGCAGCAAUGAAAUCAUGGGAAAUGCUGUCAGAAAUACAGGUCUCUGAAAUCCACUGUUGUAUCUGCUUUUUUGCUUUGGAUUGUACCUCACCUGCUUCACAAGGUAUUUUAGUUCAAGAAGACACACCUGAUUCAGGAAUUGACAGAGGAGGAAACCCAGCCACAUCCCAAAGAGGACUGCCUCUGCAGCAGCAGUGUUUACACAGACACUUGAAGGGACCUUAAAACAAUUUCCAGUUCACCUGUAUCUUUAGUUGUCAUGAGAAAAACUUCAAAGCCAAGUACUACUUUAAAGCAAGAUUCAAAAAACAAGGAUGCUUUUGCUUAUCACCAGGGUAAAGGUAAUGGUUGAAAAGAACUUUGAAAAGAUUAGGGAACUGAAGUCAGCAACACCAAGUGUUCUCAACACCAUGGAAUUUCUUCUGAGAAUACAUUUUAGUUCCAUGUCUACUUGUUCAUCAUACUGUCACCUCUAUGAAGAUUAGAGAAAAUCUUGACUAACAGGAUGCCAGAUUUUUGGAGGGGUUGUGUAAAUAUUGAUCAGUGUACUGUUUGAAAAUAAAUUCUUCAGGUUGUGAAGAAAUUUGGUAAUAAAAGAGUGUAAUGCCCACA